AUGGCUGCUGUCAGAAAGCCCCCGGUGCUGCUCGGACUUCGGGACGCGGCAGUGCGGGACGGCCUCACGGGGCCGAGCGCCUGGACUGCGAGCAAGCUGGGCGGCGUUGCGCUAAGCAUGAUUGCUCUUUAUUUGCUGGUUAUCUUUCAGAAACAGGAAAGUGGCCUUGCAGCUGAGAACUGGUGUGAAGGUGCAGAUGACUGGGGGAGUGACGGAGAGGAGACGCCUGCCCCCCAGCUUCCUUUGGACUUUGGAAAGGAUUCCUAUUGUGCCAAGGACGCAGACUGCACAGUGCAGCUCCAGGGCCUCUCCCUGAAGGACACUGGCGUGGAUGCGGCCUGUCCUGCAUCUCAGCACAGAGGAAUGGCUGUCCCCACUGGAGUGCCACAGUUCCAGCCCUACUACAUCUGUGUGGUCGACGAGGAGGACUUCAGAGACUUGGUCAGUCUCGAUCAUGCCUACAACCUCCUGAGGGACUACGAGCAGCGAGAAGGAAUUCAUAUGGACCAGUUGCUUUCCCAAAGUUUUUCUGAUGCUGGUGAUGAAAAAUAUGAGAAGACCAAAAUUAAAAGUGGCGAUCAAAUGUUUUACAAAUUCAUGAAGAGAAUUGCUGCUUGUCAGGACCAGAUUUUGAGGUAUUCCUGGAGUGGAGAGCCACUUUUUCUGUCCUGUCCCACGUCAGGAAUCACUGAGGUCCCAGCCUGUGGCCACUGUGGAGGCCCCAGGACAUUUGAGUGUCAGCUUAUGCCCGCACUGGUCACCAUGCUCAACAGUGCUCAUUUAGGUCUUUGUGUAGAGUUUGGCACAGUUCUGGUCUACACGUGUGAGAAGAGCUGCUGGCCUCAGAAUCACCAAACUCCCAUGGAAGAGUUUUGUAUCAUACAGCAAGACCCAGAUGAAUUCUUAUUUAAGUAGAGCAUUGCAUUUUGUUUGUAUACAUUAUUAAAAUGUGUGAAUUCACGUGCAUUUAAAAAAAAAUUUUAGCCACUAA